AUAAAUGUGAAAACAAAUGAAAUGGUGGAGUCAUAAAGUCAAUCAAUACAAGAUCAAUGUUUUACAUAAGCAGAUAUUACCAAUGUCAAUCUGUAUAAAAAACAAGUAUACAAUGUAGAAAAAUAUGCAAUUUUGUCACCAAAGUUUCAUGCAAGUUUCAUUUGUAAUGCAAGUAUAUCAACAAAUCAAACAAUGAUCACAGAAACAGAAUGAUGGAGAAAGUCAUUUGUAAAAUAAUUCAGAUAAAAUAGCAAAAUAUAUGUAUACAUAGUGUAUAUAUGUCAAUUACAGUACAAUAUUAUGUAUUAUGUUGGAUAUUGAAAAAGCUAUGAAAAAGCGUGAACUUAAUAGUUGAUACGAACAAACUAAGAGUAACAUCGGAAAGCAAAUCAAAAUUUAAUUUAAAACUGGAAACGGUAUAUUAAUAUGGCAUUAAAAAAGCAUCAUCUAUUUUUUUAUCACAUACACAUGGACAGAUUGAUGACAAAAGCAUCAAUUAAACCGUGAAUAUGAAAAGAAACAUAUAUAGUAACAUUUCUUAGGGGUCAUGCCCCCUGGGGCAAAUGGUAGAACAGAGGGCUUGGGCCCAUCUUGUUCUGAAAUACAUAACAGUCAAGAUCAUGCUGUAGCUAAACUCGCACCUCCUGUUAGAUUUGUUCAACAAUGCUACAAGCAUCUCAAGAGUUCCGGCAUUGGCGAAGCGAGUGUAUAUCAUGCAUUGGUUGUAAUAUUUUUAGAAUUCUUUGCAUGGGGACUAUUAACCAUGCCUAUUAUUUCGGUAUUGAAUGAAACGUUUCCGGAUCACACGUUCCUGAUGAAUGGCUUAAUAAUGGGGAUUAAAGGAAUCUUAUCUUUUCUUUCUGCGCCACUGAUCGGUGCUCUUUCUGAUGUAUGGGGUCGAAAAUUCUUUCUAUUUAUCACAGUGGCCUUUACGUGUGCACCAAUUCCCCUAAUGAGCUUUAACACAUGGUGGUUUUUCGCCAUGAUAUCCAUCAGUGGUGUAUUCGCAUGUACAUUCUCAGUGGUAUUCGCGUACGUCGCAGAUGUAACGGAAGAACAUCAAAGAUCGCCGGCAUAUGGUUUGGUUUCGGCAACCUUUGCUGCAAGCAUGGUGAUAAGUCCAGCUUUAGGUGCUUAUACUAUGACGAAAUACGGGCAAAAUCUUACUGUAGCACUAGCAACUGCUAUUGCAAUCUUAGAUGUGCUUUUCAUACUAGUGGCUGUACCUGAAAGUUUGCCUGAAAAAGCACGUCCGCCAGCACCUAUAUCAUGGGAGCAAGCUGAUCCAUUCGCAGCUCUCGGAAAGGUUGGGAAAGAUCAUACUAUUUUAAUGUUAUGUGUCACCGUGUUCCUGAGCUACCUUCCUGAAGCGGGACAGUACAGUUGUAUAUUUGUUUACUUAAAACUGGCUAUGGGCUUUUCUGUUGUCAUGGUGGCUGUAUUUAUUGCUGUGGUGGGUAUCCUGAGUGUGGGAGCACAAAUUGUAUUAGGACCCUUGAUGAGAGCACUUGGCAGCAAACAUACCAUAAUGCUUGGUCUGUUAUUUGAGAUGCUACAGCUCAUGUGGUAUGGAUUCGGCUCACAAAUAUGGAUGAUGUGGGCUGCUGGAGUGCUUGCUUCUGUAUCGAGUAUUACAUACCCCGCGAUCUCUGCAUUCGUAUCCAUGCAUUCUGAUGCUGAUAAACAGGGAUUAGUACAAGGUAUGGUAACAGGGAUGCGUGGUCUCUGCAAUGGACUUGGCCCUGCCAUGUUCGGUGUUAUAUUCUACCUUUUUCACGUCGAUCUUAACGAUGACACGCCCAAUCUACCCUUAAAACCAUCUUUAGUAGAAGAGAAUAAUAGGACGGGAACUAGUACACAUCUUGACAUAAUGCCCCAGCUAGUACCAGGGCCACCAUUCGUGUUUGGUGCAUUACUCGUAAUCUGUGCGUUAUUGGUAGCCGCAUUUAUUCCCGAGUCAAAUACGAUGUCAACGGGAUCGUUGCAUCAUCCAUCCACUUCCCGGAGGCCCUCCGGUAAAUACGCAUAUCAGAAAUGUUUAUCUUUAGAUGUUCAGUACGAGGCAGAUCGAGUGGGAAGUGGAAGAGGAAAGAUAGGUCCGCUAUCACCAUUAGUCGACAAUUGUAAUUCUGCCGCGCUAUAAUGUCCAUUCGAAAAGUAAGGCAUGCCAUGUGCCAUAGUACACGGUGAAAAUCGCUCUAAUCGAGCAAGAAAGCCCUUACUUUCAGUCGGAAUUCAGAAGAUUGUCAUUAUGAAGUGCAUCUGACUCAAUGGGGACUGUAAUAGAAAGUUGUUUAUAUUGUAUUAUACUAUUUGUUUAAGGCAGUAACUAAGCUUAAUUUUAGGAUUAUUAAUGAACUUAAUGUUUAGGUUGUGACAAAUUUCCACAAGCAGAGCUUGUGCGACGUGUACAUGUGGGUUGAUCUCAAAGUCAAGUUAUAAUCACAUGGUAGAUGCGAUUAUGUUAAAAAAGGCAAAACGUUAUAAAUUUAGCUCUUCCUUUCUAAGAUUUUUGCGCCGAUUACUAAAUCAGAUAUAAUGAGAGCUUGCGCGAAGUAUCAGUGACUCCUAGUUUUUAUGCAACUUGCCAAUGACACAAAACAGCACACUAGCGAAAGUUACAAUCAGUAUUUUACUAGAUAUAUGAUUUUUAAUAAUUAGUCAUUGUUUUGACGUUGUAUCUUUCCCUGUUAUUUUCAACUUACAUUACUAUUCGUUGCAUCAAAUGCAAAUAUAAAUUGCAAAAUAGUUUUUGCGUCUCUGCAUACAUUCAUAUACUAGAAAUAGCUAUUACACAUUCCUUGUGAGCAUAAUUUGUGCACACAAAACAGCAUUGUAAUGAUUGAAAAAAAUGAAAAUUUUUUGUGAAUUAUAUUUUUUCUUUUUUUUCACAGAUCCAAUAUAUUUUAUAAUGAAUAUUAUCGUACAUUAUUCAGUAUAAUUUAGCGAAUAUUUAUAGAUCAUAUGAAUCUAUUCCUUUCGCACAAACUAUUUAUUUUAUUAGAUAAAAAUCAUAUAAAAUAUAACAAAGGCCUCAACAUAAAGGUUAAGAAGUUACAUGAAGUGAUAGUUUGUCAUUCAAAGGCAAUGGUAGAUGUCAAUAUCAGUAACAGAAGUGUGAGUAACAAAAAUGUGUUAUUAAUCAUUAAUUGAAAAUCGAUAGAUCUUUCACAAUGUGUAUAUUAUAACCGGAGUCAUUGAUGUCAAAAAAAAUCUAUGAUAGAGUAGGACCUCUAUGUACAUUUUGCUUUUGUUUUAUAUAUUAAAAUCUUUAAGAUAAGAGA